AUGCCUUCAGUCGAGCAGACCGUAUUGAUGCCGACGAGUGCGGGCACAAGCGGACAUCAUGCCCAGGUGGACAUUGGUCAGGAACUUUCGGUGGUACCGACAACGGGAUUAAUGCAGCAGCUUCUUUCUCCCGAAUUGAUGAUGCCGCUUUACCAAAGUCUGCAGGUGAUGGCCCCGUCGAAGUACUCAGAACACAUUCUGGCGUAUGAGAUGUGCGCAGUCAGCUACCAGAGCCACAGACGGGGUGGGGACUUGCACAGCCUCAAUCAGAUCGUGUCCAGCCUCGUCUCGGCGUUCAUCAAAAUCGCGUGGCGAGGCAUGGAGCCCUGGCUCCAUUGCACCAACGGCAAAGACACACUCACCCGACUGGCGGCGUGGCGCAUUUCCCCUAGCCAGGAGACCCUGGCGGCGAUACCUCCGGCGCUGCUGCCGACGCAGCUACAAACAGCCGUCCCACACCCUCCCGUGAUCGAUUGGUGCAUUUUCUCCUUCCUGAGGGACAAGCUCAUCCAGUAUCACUCUUCGGAUCCCGCGCUGGACGAGAUCUGCGGCGAGAUCGGGCUGGCGUACGUCGUGCAGGCCGAUCUCUCCGAGUUCGUUGCGGGUGCAGAACCUCUCACGGUCUACUUCAGCAUCCACGAUAUCAUCUCGGGCAUGCAGAACAAUCCCAAGUUGGUGGCGGACGACGACGACGACGACGAUGGCAACGACGGCAACGCUUCUGCGCCGAACCCCGAGGUCAAGCUCCCGGCCCCGGACCUGUACACGCUCUUACACACGAGGGAGUACGCGCGGGCAGUCUACCAUCACCUCGGGAUCGGGCGGGGCAUCCAGGAAUACAGUCUGGAUCCGACCUUGUUCACCAGGUACCCGCAUCUCUACGAACCGAGUGCCAAAGUGGCUCACGGGGUCGCGCUCAGGUCGUCGAACAAGAUCACCUGGCCGACUCCGCGGCCUCUCGAUGACGUGGCAAUGAACUGCUAUCGCAGGUGUGCGUCUUACUAUACUGAUCUCACGGGACCGCUCCACGCGUUCGACGGAGCUGAGCGGCUUGUGUGA